CUCCAAAGCAAAGAGGGAAGCCUGGGAGUUCAGAGUAGCUCAGGCAAGGUGUAAAACAGGUGGAGAUUGGUAAACGCUUGGAGUGGAUUUACUGUUCGAGAAGAGAUCAACCGCUGAAGGUCGUGUCAGUAUCAGAGCUGUGUCGAAUCCAAACUCAGAUUCUUCAGAGGCUUUCCUGAUGGCAUCCAAUAUCACCACCACCGCUGCCGCCGCCGCUGCCUCCUCUCUGUCCAUCAGCCACCUGGUCGGCAUUAUUAUCCUGACCCUGGCGUUCGUACUGGGUUUCCCCGGCAACCUGUUUGUGGUUUGGUCUGUGGCCUGCCAGGUGAAGAAGCGCUCAGUGACCUGUUUGUUGAUAGUGAAUUUGGCUAUUGCGGAUGCUUUCGUGCUGCUCAGUGCCCCUUUUUUCCUGCGCUACCUGGCUGGAGGUCAGGGCUGGGAGUUUGGCUCGGCAGCCUGCAAACUGGUGCAUUACCUGUCAAAUGUGAACAUGUAUGUGUCCAUCUACCUCAUCUGCCUGAUGAGCAUGGACCGCUGGCUGGCCGUAACCAGGCCUUUUCUGUCCCAGAGAAUGAGAACCAAGCGCUCCCUGUUGGUUCUCCUGCUGGUGGUCUGGGUGAUGGCAUUCAUCCUGUCGCUGCCGAUGCCUUUCUACCGCAGUAAUCUGGGGAAACUAGGGUCAAACAAUGUCACUUUGUACUAUUGUAUUCCGUACCACUGGAGGAGCGUGGGUCAUGAAGUCUUCCAGUACGUGUUUGAGACCGUCAUGGGCUGCCUGGUGCCUUUUUCCCUCCUCACCACCUGUUACUCCUCCAUCAUCUGCCGUCUGAAAAACGCCAAGUUCCAUCGCAGAAGACAAGGCAGCCGCCUCAUCCUGCUAAUCAUGUGUGCUUUUGCAGUAUUCUGGCUGCCCUAUCACAUUGUCAACAUCAUACAGGUCGUCGGUCAGUUGCUGGACAGUGCUUCAGUGAUGGCCGCUGCCAAAACAGCCCGACCAAAUGUCACAGCCUUUGCUUACUUCAGCAGCGCUGUCAACCCCAUACUCUACGUGUUUGCCGGCAGCUCCCACAUCCGCCAGGCCGGCCUAGGCUUCAUGGGUAAGCUCUUCGAGGCCACAAACUCAGAGAGCAGGACCACGUCUACUUUCACCCGCGGCGGCCGCACGAGCAGCUCUUCACCGGAUGAUGGCUCUGUCCUGCACACGCUAUCAACAAAACUGGGAAGGCCUUUCAAAGGCAAGAACAAGGACAGGAGCAGCAAUAUGGCGGGAAAAGAGGUCGACGAGUCUGAGCUCAAGACUAUGGCCAGUGUUGACCAGAUAUAGUACAGCACUUAAACUCUCCUCCAAAUGCAAGCUGUUUUCUUUGGACUACUUUUUUAUUAAUGAAUUAGACAGACUUUGUUGACUCCAAAUUUGUAUUUAUGACCUUUUUCUAUACAUAACUUUUAUAUCCGGGAAGAUUAUUGAACAAUGAUCAGAUGGAUUUCCAUGAAAUUUGGUAGAAAAACUCAAAGUCCCCAGUAGGGCUGUCCAAUAUACCAUUUUAGAGACUGUGAAGCUUCAGUUCUAAUCACCCAUGAAUCAAUCAUAAUCAUAAAGGCUAAUCAACCACCUGCACCAGAGCCAACUUUAGUAGGACCUAGCGCCACUAAGUGUGUGUGUGUGUGAGAGAGAGAGUGAUAGAUGGAGAAGAAGGAGAAGGUGGAAGGUGGACUAUUGUAAGCAAUGUUUCUGUAAGUUAUUAAUAACUUGAACACUGUGGGUUGGCCCCAUCACCAGAUGCAAAGUUUCCUCCACCAUUUUAGUGGUGAACAAAACAAAAUUUGAAGCAUUCGAAUACUGGUUUGGACGCUGAUUACUAUGGCAAUGACUGAAGCUUUGAAUCCUUGAAGCAUUCGGGUCAGCCCUAUCCCCAGAGGAUGAAUCCUAAUGACUUUGCCACCAGAAGUUCAAAGUUUUCUUUCAAAUGAAUGACUGUGGUCAUCCCCUCAAAUUUCCCGUGGGGCCACCAGAUUAGCAUUUGUUUGGUUUUGAAUGAAAUGCCUCAACAACUAUUGGAUUGACUGCAAUGAUAUUUGGCACUCACAUUCAUGCUCCCCUCAGGGUGAACCAUCAAGUCUAAUUUUCAACUUGUCCAGUGCUUUGGUUGUAACCAAAUAUCUGCAAAGCUUAUGAUAUUCACAUCAGCCUCAGCUCUACUUUGUGUUUAGUGCUAAUAAUCCAAUGUUAGCAUGCUAACAUGCUAAGCUAAGAUGGUGAACAUUAACUCAAAGCACCAGUCUGCAGACGUAUAGCUUUACAGAGCCGCUACCAUGCUUGUUUUAAAUAAAAGCAUUGUCGGCCCAGAAACGCACAAAAUUAUAAUCAUUUGCUUGUAUAUUUUAUAUGAUUUUGAGCCAUGUUUUUUUAUACGUCUAAAAGAAUGUUCGACUUGUAUGGCACCGACUUUAAUGUUCUGUAUGUAUACUUUGCUAUGUAAAUUAUUACAUUUUUUCACAUGC